ACCUCAUCAUCACUUUGAAUAUUGUCAACAAAAUGUCUGCAGAUCAUUUGCAGUUUUUGAAGAACAAGUUCAUUCUGGACUUGGAAGACGCGGUGGAGGAACACAGCGGGAAAAAUGAGAUCCCCCUUCUCUCUCUUUUUCUACAGAUUAGAGAUGUGUUGAAAGCAAAGGACAUCAACGAAUCAACACCCAUUAGAUUGAAGAAUUGUCUAUACAACGCCAUCAGGGCAUUAGAAGAUUGCGUGGUGUUGUCGGAGAAGCGCGAACCCCGAAAGAAGAAGGAUGGUCCGAUGCAUGGAUACACUCUGGCGGAGCAUUGGCUUAUAUGCACAACCAGAAAGUUGCUGGUUCAAAUAAAGAGAAAGCUAACUGCUACAGCUGAUGCGGUUAUUCCUGGUAUGACCGACAUUGCCGCAAGUUCAUCCUCCACCUCCUUAAAAGUCAUUCCAAGACCAGAGCCAAAGGAUUUUUCUCCCUCAAUUUUUCGAGGUUUAAAGGAAGAACUAGGCACAAUCUUAGAUCGACUUCAGAAUUCAGGAAAAGGAUUUCAGGAAAUUGGAAUCGUGGGGAUUGGGGGUUCGGGUAAAACCACUCUUGCCAAAUUGGUUUUUAUUGAAGCCAAUCGGAGGUAUUGGUGGGAUUACAGAAUUUGGAUAUGCUUAUUCCCGAAACUGAGUGGCGAUGUAGAGUUUAAAGAGAUGAUAAAGGAGAUGUUGAAGCAGUGCACUGCAGCAGUGGUAGAUGAUGAAGAUUUUGACGAAGAUGAGCUGUUGGAGAAUCUUGGGAAAGCUUUGAAGGGUGGAAGGUAUUUGAUGGUGUUGGACGGCAUCUGGGACAUCAACAUCGACUGGUAUUUCAAGUUAAAGGACAAGCUGAAGUCUGUAAGUGGAGAUGGUGAUGGUGAUGGGCAUGUCAUCAUCACCAGCCGGCUCCCCCACAAAGCAAGAAUGAUGGUGGGCACUCACAAUUUGUAUCACUUGCAACUGCCAUCAACAUCAAUACAGACGCAUUGGCAAUCAAAGCAUGCACCCACAAGGAAUUUGCUUCGAAAAUAUAGGUUCAAUUUGGAGGACGAGCUUAUAGAGCGUUGUGAUGGCCUCCCAUUAGCAAUUGACUCAUUGGCGGAGGUGAUUAAGAAGCACAUCCUGGGAACAGAGAGCAUUUGGACAAAAAAUCAUGGGAUAGUAUUGAUCAACGGUAAAGAUGAUGCUAUGUUGGGAAAUGAAUUAUUGUUAUCAUGUCGUACCAUCUUCUACAAGGAGGAAACGGUGAUUGAUGUAUCAAAGCUUCUUCUUCAUGAUAUAUUCAACAAAGCCAAUCAACAUAUAGAAAGCUUGAAUUUAAUAAUUAUUUGGAGCGGGGAUGCAAUGGCUAAUCAACUCAUGCAGAUAAUCAGACGAGUAGUGAGACAUCAGAAGCUUAAUAGAAAGCCACCAAUCCUCUUAUUGCCAUUGGGAUCUAAAGCUAAUAUUUCAUUUUCACUUGGAUGGGAGAAUCAACCACCGAAAACAGUACCUAAGGAUAUGAUUCAAUUUUUAAAAGGGACGAUCAAUGAACGAGCAAAGGAAAUAGACAGUUGGGGGAUUGUAAUGAAAAUGAAAUCCAUUCCAGAAGGUUUUCAGUUAUCAUCUACUUUUGGUCUUGAAAGUGCUCUUGAACCAAACUUGUGGCCUAUGGAAAGUGACAAAGAAUUUCAUGCAACAUUUUGGAACUACUUCAUUAUUGGAUUGGAUGCUGAAGAAUCUUUGCAGAAAAAAGAUGAAUGUUGUGGUAGUUGUUAUUUUAACCCUUGGCCAAGGAACAUUGUUCUACCUAUUUGCAUCAAAACAAAAGAUCAACUAGGAGAGUGGAAGGAAAUAAGCAUACCCCACAGCACCAGGUCAAUCGUUUGCCUUAACUUGCCUUGCUUUCCAAAUAGACCAAAUGUAAAAGAAAAAUAUAGAAACUUCAAAGAUUCUUUUGUAAAUGAUCAGCUUCUUGAAGUUAUUUGUUUUAAAGAUGCAUGGCAUGGAGAUGAUUUUCUUCCUUCCAAAGAUCGUGGGGAAUGCCUUGCACAGGUGGGAUCAAUCCAGUUAGAGUUUUACAAUAGUGCAGUCAGCCACAUCCAUAUGAGCAUUGAUGGGAAUCGAUGGAAACACCCUCUCCUCAUUGAGGAUGACAAUAAGAUUGCAGCUCUAAAAACCAAUGGAGGGAGCUGUUUGGUUUGGGCUGGUCUUGGUUUGGUAUGCUUAAAUAGAGGGAGACAAAUUUGA